AUGCCUGCAGAGCUUUGGGCGAUCCUGGAUGGUCUAACUAUCGCUUGGGAGUGUGGCAUUAGGAACCUGGAGGUGGAAACGGACAGCCUCGAAGCAGUCCGAUGUCGCAGCUCGACUGAUCGGCCUCACGAGCCAACCAUUACCAAAAGAAUCAGGCUUCCGCUAGACAAACAGAGGUGUGUUUCGAUCAACUUCAUACACCGAGAAUCCAACGUACUUGCUGACUAUAUGACCAAACUUGAGCGCAUAAUGGAUAUGGGAUUAGCACUUUUUCAGUAUCCCCCAAUGGAAGCUCAACGUAUUCUACUUUUUGAUCGAACUCCUCAGAGGAGAAGAUACCCUUACUGCUAA